AUGGCGUCGUGGCGCUUGCUGGUGGUGCUGGUCACCGUAGGUCUGCCUCUGGUGUGUUUGGCGCGGUACGACGACUCCAAGUUUGGCAUCUUCAUCCACUGGGGCGUGUUCAGCGUGCCCAGCUACUCGUGCGGUGGCGUGGCUGCCGAGUGGUACUGGAAUGGACUGGAGACGGGCGCCGGCAACGGGUGCAUCCAGGAGUUCCACAACAAGACGUACGGCCCUAACUUUAAGUACGCCGACUUUGCGAAGGGGUUCAGUGCUGAGCUCUUCGACGCGGCCAGGUGGGCCAACCUCUUCAAGAAGAGCGGCGCCAAGUAUGUGGUGCUCACCAGCAAGCACCACGAGGGCUUCACCAAUUGGCCGUCGCCUCAAUCCUGGAACUGGAACAGCGCCGAUGUCGGUCCCGGCCAGGACAACGUCGGCCUCGUGACUGAGGCCGUGAGGGCAGGCGGCCUGCGAAUGGGGCUCUACCACAGCCUUUUUGAGUGGUUCAAUCCCCUCUAUGUGACGGACAGGAGCAACAACGGCAGCACCACGGUCUACGUGGAUACCAUCCUACAGCCCCAGCUGCACGACAUCGUAAACCGUUACAAGCCCGAAAUCAUCUGGGCCGAUGGCGACUGGGAGAUGUACGACACCUAUUGGAAGUCGAAGGAGUUCCUGGCAUGGCUCUACAACGACAGCCCGGUCCGCGACACGGUGGUGACCAACGACAGAUGGGGCAAGGACGACAGCUGCAAGCACGGUGGCUACUGGACCUGCACGGAUCGCUACAACCCGGGCGUGCUGCAGGAGCACAAGUGGGAGAACUGCUUCACCAUCGACUCCCGCACCUGGGGCUAUGCGCGCAAUGGAGGCAUAGGCGACUACCAGACCAUCGACCAGCUCUUGCAGGAGCUGAUCUCCACCGUCGCCUGCAACGGAAACUUCCUGCUCAACGUGGGUCCCACCAGUGACGGAAUCAUCACGCCGGUCUACGAGGAGCGCCUACUGCAGAUCGGGACCUGGCUGGACUUCAACGGCGAGGCCAUCUACGCGACCAAGCCGUGGAGGUCACAGAACGAUACGGCCUCCUCGGUCUGGUACACGGCGCCCAAGUGGUCGAACAGCACGGCCUACGCCAUCUUCUACGCGUGGCCCGCGGAGAGCGUACUGCGCCUGACCCAGGUCGUGCCGCAGUCGCCCAACAUGGUAGCCCAGUUGCUGGGCUACCGUGGCAACCUCGCGUGGAAGCUGAACGGCAACACCCUCGCCAUCGUCCUGCCCGAAAUCGCCCAUCUGCCUCCGCUCCUUCAGGUCCAGACCGCCUUUACCAUCAAGCUGGUCGGCGUACAGUGA